AUGAAUGGCUUUGUGUCAACAAGUCGUUUGUCCUCAGUGGCUCUGAAUUUCGCAUCUCAGUCGACGAAGCGUCGAGACGCUGUUGUUGUUCUCUUUGAGAUUGAGUAUGAUUUGAGUGAGUUGAACGAUGAUACUAUUGUGUGUGCUGACGUCGCUAAGUUUAGUGAUUAUCCAGAAGAGCAGGAAGUCCUGUUUGAUCUAGGUGCAACUUUCAAAAUUCAGUCAGUUAAUCGUGAAAAGCCGGAUCUCAGUCGUGUAAACCUAAGAGUAACAAGCAACGGAGCAGAUAUAGCACGAGAGUAUAUCAAAUUGAAUAGAAAAGAGCUAGAAGAAACAAGCAUUGCCGUCAUGUUUGGUUCACUUCUGUGUGAUAUGGGACAGUAUGACAAAUCAAUGAAGUACUUUGAGAAUCUAUCUGAAAAUUCUGAAGGAGAAAUUAUAAGUGACAUUGAGUUUAAUAUUGGUCGUGCUCACCAUUUCAGAGGCGAGUACGACGAAGCACUGCACCUAUACGAGCAUAGCUAUGCAGCCACGAUGAUGUGCAGGCCGCUCCGUCAGAAAGCGUUAGCUAGAACACUCAAUAGUAUUGGCCGUAUUUAUGACAGCAAAGGCGAGUAUGAUCGUGCUUUGGACUAUUAUUCAAAAUGUCUCAAGAUUCAGGAAAAAUGUUUGCCAUCUGAUCAUCCACAUAUUGCUAGUAGUCUGGGUAGUAUUGGCAAUGUUUAUGUUAGCAAAGGAGAGUAUGAUCGUGCUUUGGACUAUUAUUCAAAAUGUCUCAAGAUUCAAGAAAAAUGUUUGCCGUCUGAUCAUCCAGAUAUUGCUACUAGUCUUCUUAGUAUUGGCCUGGUGUAUUACAGGAAAGGGGAGUAUGAUCGUGCUUUGGACUAUUAUUCAAAAUGUCUGAAGAUUCAAGAAAAAUGUUUGCCAUUUGAUCAUCCAGAGAUUGCUAGUAGUCUGGGUAGUAUUGGCAAUGUUUAUGUUAGCAAAGGCGCGUAUGAUCGUGCUUUGGACUGUUAUUCAAAAUGUCUCAAGUUUCAAGAAAAAUGUUUACCAUCUGAUCAUCCAGAUAUUGCUACUAGUCUGAAUAAUAUUGGCAGUGUUUAUGACAGCCAAGGCGAGCAUGAUCGUGCUUUGGACUAUUAUUCAAAAUGUCUCAAGAUGAGAGAAAAAUGUUUGCCAUCUGAUCAUGCGGAUAUUGCUAGUAGUCUGAGUAGUAUUGGCAAUGUUUAUGUUAGCAAAGGCGGGUAUGAUCGUGCUUUGGACUAUUAUUCAGAAUGUCUCAAGAUGAGAGAAAAAUGUUUGCCAUCUGAUCAUCCAGAUAUUGCAACUAGUCUGAGUAGUAUUGGCAAUGUUUAUGUUAGCAAAGGCGAGUAUGAUCGUGCUUUGGACUAUUAUUCAAAAUGUCUCAAGAUGAGAGAAAAAUGUUUGCCAUCUGAUCAUCCAGAUAUUGGUACUAGUCUGAAUAAUACUGGCGGUGUUUAUGACAACAAAGGCGAGUAUGAUCGUGCUUUGGACUAUUAUUCAAAAUGUCUGAAGAUUCAAGAAAAAUGUUUGCCAUAUGAACAUCCAGAUAUUGCUAGUAGUCUGAGUAGUAUUGGCAGUGUUUAUGACAGUAAAGGCGAGUAUGAUCGUGCGGUGGAGUUCUUUGAAAGAUGCUUGAAGAGUCGUGAAAAGGUACUUUCGGCAAGACAUCCUGACCGGCUCAAGGUUGUGAAGAGGCUGUCCGAAAUAAAGAAGCUGCAGGAGGGUAGUUAUGUAUGCAUGUGA